AUUGGCUGAGCGCUGGUCUGGGUCCUCUCGUGAGUCUGCAGUCUGAAGCAGCGCACGGGAGGUGGACACCACUGUCGCCGGCGGGGCUCAGAAUUGCGUUUUUAAAUAGCCCAGACCCAACUAAAGGAAUAUCCCGCGACGCUGAAACGUUCCGCAAAGCCCCAGUUCCGCUUCAGUGCUGUUGAGAGGACCGUGCACUGUCCACUAUGCUGUCCAGGUUGAGGGCAACAUUUUCACUGAGGCCUUGUGUCUCGGCCUGUCGAUGGGCUCACACAAAAGAGAAAGGAAAACCACUCAUGCUUAACCCUCGCACCAAUAAAGGAAUGGCCUUCACGUUACAGGAGCGUCAGAUAUUGGGCUUACAUGGUCUUCUGCCUCCCAAAGUGGAAACACAGGACAUUCAAGCCAUGCGCUUUCAAAAUAACCUCAAGAAAAUGACUGACCCUUUGGAGAAGUACAUAUACUUGAUGGGCAUCCAGGAGAGAAACGAGAGGCUUUUUUAUCGUGUAUUGAUGGAGGACAUAGAGGAGCUGAUGCCCAUCGUCUACACUCCCACGGUGGGUUUGGCCUGCACACAGUACGGACACAUUUUCAGAAGACCAAAGGGCUUGUUCAUCUCCAUCCAGGACAGAGGACACGUACGCUCCAUUCUGGACAACUGGCCUGAGACCAAUGUUGCUGCUGUUGUCGUGACUGACGGAGAGCGGAUUUUAGGACUCGGGGACUUGGGUGUGUAUGGCAUGGGCAUCCCAGUCGGGAAGCUCUGCUUGUACACUGCCUGCGCUGGCAUUCGUCCUGAGAAAUGUCUGCCUGUCGUGAUCGACGUCGGCACUGAUAAUGAGACGCUCCUGAGGGAUCCGCUGUACAUGGGUCUGUAUCAGAGACGGGACCGCUCUCAGGCCUACGACGAUCUGAUCGAUGAGUUCAUGGAGGCUGUGGUGGACAAGUACGGACAGGACACGCUGAUCCAGUUUGAAGACUUUGGGAAUCACAACGCCUUCCGCUUCCUCCGGAAGUACAGGGAGAAGUACUGCACCUUCAAUGAUGACAUACAAGGAACCGCCUCAGUGGCUCUGGCGGGUCUGCUGGCGGCUCAGAGAGCCAUCGGCAAGCCCAUCACUGAACACCGGGUGCUUUUCCUGGGAGCCGGAGAGGCUGCUCUGGGCAUUGCCAACCUGAUCGUCAUGGCCAUGAUGGAGUCUGGGAUGACUCAGGAGGAGGCCAGAAAGCAGAUCUGGAUGUUCGACAAAUUUGGGCUGUUAGUGAAGGGGAGAGAGCAGGAGACUGACUCGAACCAGGAGGCUUUUGUUCACGACAGUCCAGGCAAUGUUCAGAGCUUCCUGGAUGCAGUCAACACCAUCAAACCAACAGCAAUCAUUGGAGUGUCAGGAGCGGGGCGACUGUUCACCCAUGAUGUCAUCAAGGCCAUGGGAGCCCUGAACCAGCGGCCCAUCAUCUUUGCCCUCAGUAACCCCACAGCUAAGGCUGAGUGCACAGCAGAGGAGGCCUACACACUCACUGACGGCCGCUGUCUCUUCGCCAGUGGAAGUCCCUUUGAUCCGGUGACCCUGCCCAAUGGCAGAGUUAUCACUCCGGGUCAGGGGAACAACGCUUACAUCUUUCCAGGUGUGGCCCUCGCUGUCAUCCUGAGUGGAGUUCGGCACAUCAGUGACACGGUUUUCCUGGAGGCUGCCAAGACUCUGGCAGAGCAGCUGACCGAUAAGGAGCUGGACGAAGGCCGACUCUACCCGCCUCUGUCCAACAUCAGAGAGGUUUCUGUCCAGAUGGCCGUCAAGGUGGUGGAGUUUGUCUAUGCUAACGGCAUGGCCUUCCGCUACCCUGAGCCGCUGGAUAAGAACAGAUUCAUACGUGCCACAGUGUGGAACACGCACUACGACUCCUUCCUACCGGACACCUACGACUGGCCUGGGGUCAGCUUCAGCCCCAAAACCAACUGAGCUGCACUGUCAUCCUCUUGUUUUUAGAAUAACCUUUAUUGAACAGUGUUCCCACACCGCCCAAUGAUCUUGGCCGCGCUGUAUUGUCACGUGACCGCGUCUCUACCAUACAAGCGCUCCCCCUGGUGCUGAGAAAUGGCCCUGCAGAAUUCAGCCAUCCGUUUUUUUCAAUUUGAAGCUCUAAUAGCGCUUGUCCGUAUAACACCUGCUUUUAUGUUGAAAGAGUGACUGUGCUUUAAAUUCCUUUAACAUAUGUGUGUAUGUAUUCCCAUCGUGUCAACCGUUAAGUUAAUAUUAUGAGGACAGAAAGGCAGAAGUACAAUUUAUAAAAACACUUUUUAUUUUGUGCUUGUAUCCGUCAAUUCAAAAGGGAAGGUGUCACCGAACCCUGUGUGGUUAUGUCAUGUUCUUCUUGCUGUAGACAUUUCUCAUACAAGCAUUUUUUAAUGGCGUAAAAUUAUGCUGCUAAUCGUUAUGUUCAAUAUUCACUCCAUUUUAAACAGUGUUGCUGCUCACUCCGGUCCAAAAGCAGUAGCUCUGGUGAUGUGAAGUGCUCGUCGCUGCAGCUUUAACUGUAUUCAGUUCAGAGAUCUGUCCGUCAGUAUUUAGACAAACAUGAAUGUUGGUAGUGAUUUUCAACAACCGCUGCACUGUGUCACGUUUUCCUUUGCUCCAACUCAACGCUGCCCUCUAGUGGAGUUCAAAGUGCACUGGAUACAAAACACCUCAUUGGAUAGAGAAACUGGUUGUUUUAUUUUUCUGAACAGAGAAAACUGUUUGAGAGAUUAUUUUAAUAUUUUUAUGAAAAGCAGCUCUUCACUUCCUUGAUACAUGGUUUCUAGUUAUGAAUCUAAUGACUGUGAGGAAGCUGAGUCAGAUUUAAUGUGAGCUUAUGUGCUAUAGUGUGAGCAGCCUGCUGCUGCAUUGAAGUGCCUAAUGAAGUAUUCAGUGUUUCUGUCCAUGUUUUUUAUUAACCAUGGUUUAACAGCUUCUACUGAGGAACAAAAUGAAGUGUCCGUGUCUACACGAAGCUUUAGCUGUUAAACUGCUCAACAUGUUUUGUUAUUGGACCCUGAUAUAUUACAUGGUUAUAUUUAUUAAAGAUAUUAUUAAAGUAUGAAGUUGGUCCACAUGUCUGUCUUGUUGUUACUGUGACUGCUCUCUUUGGCUUUUGUUAAAGUUCUGUCUUGUCCUGUCUGAGAACGUGUUUAUAUUCAGAGUAAAAAGGAAUGACUUACUAUUUGUACGCAGAGUUCCAUCUAAGUUUAGGUUUUGCUUGACUUCACUGAUGUGCUGUUGAAGAAUAAAUA